GCCUCGGAGGAGCAGGAGGCGGCGGCGCUGCGCUGAGCCGAGCCGUGGCGGGAGGAGGCGGCAUGGCUGCGGCGGAGGCUCCGCGGGUGCUGGUCUACGGCGGCAGGGGCGCGCUGGGCUCCCGCUGCGUGCGGGCCUUCCGAGCCAAGGACUGGUGGGUGGCCAGCAUCGAUUUAGUGGAAAAUGAAGAGGCCAGUGCCAACGUGGUUGUGAAAAUGAGUGACUCUUUUGUUCAACAAGCGGAUCAGGUGACAGAAGAUGUUGGAAAACUGUUGGAAGAAAAGAAGGUGGACGCGAUCCUUUGUGUAGCUGGUGGGUGGGCUGGAGGCAGUGCGAAGGCCAAAUCUUUGUACAAAAACAGUGACCUGAUGUGGAAGCAGAGCGUCUGGACCUCCACCAUCUCCACCCACUUGGCGACGAAACACCUGAAGGAAGGCGGCUUGCUGACCCUGACGGGGGCGAAAGCGGCAUUAGCUGGAACUCCGGGAAUGAUUGGCUACGGCAUGGCCAAAGCAGCCGUCCACCAGCUAUGCCAGAGCCUGUCCGGUGCAAACAGUGGCCUCCCGCCGGGGUCUGCGGCUGUGGCUGUUCUCCCGGUUACCUUGGAUACCCCAAUGAACAGGAAAUCCAUGCCUGAGGCAGACUUCAGUUGCUGGACACCGUUAGAUUUCAUUGUGGACACUUUUUCUGACUGGGUCACGGGCAAGAACCGGCCAGGCUCAGGGAGUCUGAUCCAGGUGGAAACCACCGGAGGAAAGACGGAGCUGACGGCUGCAAAUCUCUGAACUGGAAGCCUUUGCGUUUCUGCAGACUACAAAGGAAGAGUCGUUGCAAGUCUUAGUGAGUGUGUGUCUGUGUGUGUCAUCUGUGUGGUCAGCGCUAUCUGCCAGUGAAAAGAUCUCUCUGGUGGAGUGGGACCAGAAAUCCUGUUUCUGUGGUUAGUCAUGAGCCAAUUGCCCUGGAUUACCAAAAAUUACAGUGUGUCUUGCAUUUAAAUCAGUACUGCAAAUUUCAUGUCUCGCUAAAUGGCCAAUGCAGCGUAGUGGUUGCAGUUGUGGAGUAAGAUCUGAGAGCCAGUUUGGUGUAGAGGAGAGCCAGUUUGGUGUAGUGGUGAAGUGUGCGGACUCUUAUCUGGUAGAACCGGGUUUGAUUCCCCACUCCUCCAGUUGCACCUGCUGGAAUGGCCUUGGGUCAGCCAUAGCUCUGACAGAGGUUGUCCUUGAAAGGGCAGCUGCUGUGAGAGCCCUCUCCAGCCCCACCCACCUCACAGGGUGUCUGUUGUGGGGGAAGGAUAUAAAGGAGAUUUAUGAGCCGCUCUGAGACUCUGAGAUUCAGGGUGGAGGACGGAAUAUAAAUCCAAUGUCUUCUUCAGCUGGGUCUGAAUCCCCACUGUUAUGGAAACUUGCUGGGUGGCUUUGGGUUUGUCCCCGUCUCUCUGUCUGACCUACCUUAUAAGGUUGUUGUGGCAGGGGAGGGAAGAAUGAUGUGUUAAGCUGCUUUGGGUGCUAAUUGGGGGGGGAAAUCAGGGCACAAAUUAAAUAAUUCUGCAGCAUCUGCUGAGGGAUCACCCGUAGCCUUAAGAAAUCAAUGGGUAAAAAUGGAUAAAAAAAUGUCAUUUGACUGUAUUGGCUGGUCUGCCAUUUGGGAGAUUUUCUGUGCAAUAUUUCUGUGACUUCAUGCAGAUGGUCGUUUUGUUUGUCGCUGUUAAAUAAAUGUUAGCCAUCAAUAAAAAUGCAGUUGCACAA